AUGUGGGUCCCCUCAACAAUCGCGUUCCGGCGCUGGCCGAUCGUCGUUAUACCCCUCCUCACCUUCAUCCUCUGGCACGCAGCGACAAUCUACAACGCGACCGACGAGUUCCCCUCGUCGUCGUCCUCCAAGCCUGCCUCAGACUACCUCAGCUGGCUUCCCAGUGGUCUCAAGCACCCAGGCUUCGACCCAUCUUCCCACCAUGUCUUCAUCGCCACCCAGCCCAACUGGCAUGAGCAGGUGUGGCUCACGAUCGGUGGCAUGUUGUCGUCGUUGAAGGUCCCCUACACCGCGUACACUGAGUGUGACGACACGGCCGAGGGCGAGACUUGCAUUCGCUUUGGCCUGCUCGAGAUGGCGGCCGUGUUGGGCGUCUGGAACGGUGGCCCGGUCAAGAAGAAGAGCGAGCUGUUCAACGACGUCAACAAGCCUCUUCCUAACGGGAAGUAUGUCGACACGGUCAUCCUCGCGACUGAGAAGGAGGACUUCCAAUGGGGUUCUGAGCGUCUCCUUCAACUCUGGAACGAACGUCCGGACGGCCAAAAGUUCAAGGUUGUGGGCGUCUACCAUGAACCCACCGGCGACCUCGAGCAUUACUCCAGGCAAUGGGCCCACACCGGUGCUUUGAGCUAUCUGACUCUGUCUCCACACGUCGCCGCCGACCUCAAACAUAGACUCCGCAUCGACGCAGCCAGGCCGGAAGGUGGCGCCGUGGGAGUGGACCACAUCCCAGUCCGCACCGUCGUGCCCUGGAUGCCUGCGGCGGACCAUGGUGUCUAUGUCCCAGAGGAUAAGGGUGGCAUGGUGACUCGUUUGGAACACACUCUGCCAACCCGCAUCGUCAUCAACGGCAUGAUAUCACCAGAGAGGCGAGGCUACGACAGGGUGUUUGACGACAUGAAGAGGCUCUUCCUUGAGGAUGCCAAGCUUUUUGGCUACCGCUGGUCGGAGACUGAGAGCCUCUUUGUGCCAAUUGACAAGGACGACCCAAACACGUUCAAGCUGCUGUUACUGGGCGAGACGGAUGUCCGUGUCGACCGGCCGGACCCAGGCACCGUUCGCGAGGCUGUCGAGUUUAUCAGCGGCUACAGCCAAGGCGAGUUUUACCAGUACAUGGCCAGUGCCGACUUGAUGCUGUUGGCUUGGAACGAUGCGUUCAGGUACCUCGACUCACAAGCGUCCUCGUCGGCUUUCACCACACUCGAGACCGAGGUGCCCCUCGUGAUCACCCCGGGAAUCGAGGAGCAGUACAGCUUCCUGGACUCUAGCAUCAGCGUCAUCCGCCCCAACGCCCUGCGCGAAAUGGACGUUGUGGCGCUUUUCCGCAAAUUCCCCAACGCGGCCAGGAUGACCUACACCGAGCUCGAGAGACAACUUCGCGAACUCUACUCGGCGGAGACCAUGCACCUGCGCACUGUGCCGCUGGUGAUCAGGAUGCUGAAGGACGGGUGGAAGAGGAGCCCCGGUAGUUGGAAGUCGAAGAAGGCUGCGUUGAGACACGAACAAGAGCGUGUUUUGAUAGAGAUUCUUUCCGAGCCGUUUUAUUGA